GCGACUUGGCGCCCGCAGAGGCGGCGCCCACGGGCCGCCGGGCGCUGACGGAGCAGGAGCGGGUCCACUUCGAGUCGCUGCUGAACUUCGCGGCGUUCAGCCACAAGGACCGGCCCCAGCGCGUCUUCCUGCCCUGCGGUGGCCAGCCGCCGCCGCCGCCGAGGCGCCCGUCGCAGGCCGCGAAGGCAGACCAGGAGGAGGAGGCGAGGGUCAACAGCGACGCGCAGACGGUGCUGAAGGGCGCCGCCAACCGCAAGAUCCAGAUGAAGUGCCCAGACAUAGCAAAGAACCUGCAUCAGCAGUUGGUGGACUCGCACGUAAAGUGCCUCGAGGCCACCUUCGCACUGAUGGUCGAGGUCUGUGUCAACGGGGGCGACCUGAAGGGAGCCAGUGA